UACUUACCUAGGUACCUAUGUACAUAGGUUGCCUGCUCUGUGGCUUGACUGCUUGACACAUCUCUGUAGCCCCGCAGCGGGGACCCGCUUCAGUUGAAACUCCCUAAAGGCGGGUAGAAUCCUAUCGAUUAUUGGGGGUGACGCACCACGAGUUUGCCUUGCUUUGCCUUGCCUAACCUAAGGCUAUUACCAGACAAUAUUACCAGACAAAUAAAUAUAUUUCUAUUUCCCCUUCCCCCUUUCGACACGUCUUCUAGUUCAAUCCCAGCACGGAGAACCUCUAGAGAAUAGUGAAGGUCAUAUCGUUAGAGGCACGACAAGAUGGCAACCAUACCAGUCGUCGUAAAACACCAGGGAACCAAGUAUGACAUUGAUGUCGAUCCCGAGUCAACCGGUGAUGUGUUCAAAUUCCAGCUUUACAGUGUUACAGGCGUAGAGCCCGAACGCCAAAAGAUCUUAGUCAAGGGCGGCCAAGUGAAGGAUGAUACCCCCAUGAGCAAGUUCGAUUUCAAGCCCGGCCAGACUAUCAUGAUGCUUGGAACUCCAGGGAAGGAAGGUCAGGAGGUCCUUGCUCGACCGAAAGAACCCAUCAAGUUUGUUGAAGAUAUGACCGAGGCCGAAGCAGCUCAGCAAGAAGGCGCUAUACCCGCUGGCCUGGCUAACCUUGGAAAUACCUGCUACCUUAACUCCACGCUCCAGACCCUCCGCGCCAUUCCAGAACUCCAGAAUGCCUUGACCGAGUAUGUACCCCAGAACACAAGUGGCGCCGGUCUCUUGCCGCCUCUUGAUUUGACCAAGCAACUGAGAGAGCUCUAUAAAUACAUGUCCCAGACGCAGGAGGCCUACACUCCCCAGGUAUUUCUAACUGCGUUACGGACUGCUUUCCCCCAGUUUGCCGAGCGCUCGCGGACUGGCCAUGGGUUUGCCCAGCAGGAUGCGGAGGAGGCAUGGUCUCAAAUUGUCACUCAGUUGCGCCAAAAGUUGCGCGUAAAGGAUGCUCCCGGUGCGCCCGAGACUUCCUUUAUUGAUAAAUACAUGCAGGGAGAGUUUACAUCCGAACUAGAAUGCGACGAGCCUGCAGCUAAAGAAGGUGGAGAGCAGCCUGUAGUCUCGAAAGAAACUUUCCUAAAGUUGAACUGCCACAUCGAUGGCAAUACGAAUCACUUACGAGACGGAAUUGCGAAUGGUCUAAGCGAGAAGGUGGAGAAGAGGUCAGAAGUCCUGGGCAGGGAUGCUGUCUAUACCAAGACCUCCAAAAUCUCGCGGCUACCCAAGUACCUAACAGUCCAUUUCGUUCGUUUCUUCUGGAAGCGAGAAACUCAAAAGAAGGCCAAGAUCAUGCGGAAGGUCACGUUCCCCCACGAGUUGGACCUUGUGGAAUUUUGUGACGAUAAGCUAAAGGGAAUGCUUGUUCCAGUCAGAGACAAGGUCCGAGAAGUUCGGAAGGAUGAGGAAGAUAUUGAACGUGCGCGCAAGCGACGUAAGCGAAAUGCCGCCGGUGAGGACCAGGCCGAUAUUCCAGGUGGUAAGGGUACGAAGAAAGAUGAUAAGAAGGAAGAAAGCAAAGCUGGCACCUCGGCGGACGGCGACGUAGAGAUGGGCGAGACUUACAAGACGGAUGCCGAGAUCGACGCAGAACGCGACGCAGCUCUUCUCGCAGCUAAGAAGGAACUAAAUGCUCUCAUCGACCCGUCAUUAGCAAAUGAUGAUGGCGCGAACCAGUCCGGUUUGUACGAACUACGAGGUGUCGUCACGCACCAGGGCGCAAGCGCUGACAGCGGCCACUACACGGCUUACGUAAAGAAGACGGCUCCGGUCGAUGCCAAGACCGGAAAGCGGAAGGAAGAGGACGGAAAGUGGUGGUGGUUCAACGACGACAAGGUGUCGGAGGUGACGGCAGACAAGAUCGAAGCGUUAGCCGGAGGUGGCGAGUCGCACUCGGCUCUCAUCCUGCUCUACCGCGCUAUUCCGCUGCCCUCUGCCGAAGGCACACUUGAAUUUGAGUGAAUACGAAAUUGACGACACGAUAUCGCAUACGGGCGUUUUGAGUGCAUGACAAGCAAGGGGGGGAAAUACAAUGGCUAGCAUUAGACGCGCUUCCCCUCGAUAGGGUACGGUUCGGGAAAUAGAUGUCUUGCCACAUUUGGUCGGGAUUUUGAACUCAGGUUCUCUCAUGUAGGU